AUGACUGUUGAACAUAUCAGGGCUGUGCAGUCGCUCAUCACCUCAUGGGGCCGACAAUGGCAGGUUACACUUCCAUUUGAUAAAACUCAGCUCAUGUUAAAAUCCCGUCGACAGAAUCCACUAACCCCAUCCACUAGCAUUAAUAGGCAAACACUCGAUCUGGCCAGAGAAAUGAGCAUCCUUGGAGAGAAGUUUAAUAAUCAACUGCCAUUUACUAGUCAUCUAAAGGAUGUGGCCAAAAGAGCAGACCGUCCCCUUGUGGAACUAAAGAUGCAAGAACAGGAUCGCCAGGUCUACUUCCAGUCUCUCCUGCACCACAGGGACUUGGCGCCGUUGUGCAUGUUCUUCAAGGUCCACCAGCAGAAGUCAUCACCUCACUUCAAUGUGGAAUCAGCUGGUGCAUCUCUAAACCUCCAUCAAAUAGUUCAAAUCGGCAGUACACUUGUGGAGGCUUCAAGGAUCAGAAGACAACUCCUACCCAAAAUAACAGAAACCCAGUUUGGGUUUACGAAGGAUAAAGCUGCGAGAAACGCUACCUUUGUUAUGAGAAUGCCUACUGAGAGAGCCAUCCAGCGCCAGCAGAACAUGUACUUGGUUUUCAUUGAUUAUCAAAAAGCUUUUGAUAAAGUCCAGCACUUAGAAUUGCUCAAAGUCCUCAUAAACAUCCGGAUAGUUGACAAAGAUAUGAGACUAAUCCAAUCAGUCUACCAAGAUCAAGUUGCAGCAGUCCGCCUAUCCGAUGGAACAGCUAACUGGUUCUCCAUCAAGCGAGGUGUCCGACAAGUUUGUGUGAGGUCACCCAACUUCUUCAAUUUAUGCUGCAAGAGACUGAAGAUCGUCAGGAGGGAAUCGACAUCAGCGGUGGCAAGAUCACAAACCUUUGUUCUGUAG